AUGGAUGCAACUACCCCACUAUUGAGAGUUGCGGACAGCCAUACAACCCGCAACCCAAAGUACACAGGAUGGAGGGCUGCGAUGUAUGAUUUAGAAUUCAUUUUGAAGGCGUCUCCUCUGAAUUUUCUCCUAGUGUUCGUUCCCUUGGGUUUGAUUUGGGGACAUUUCCAAUUAUCUCACACAUUAACAUUUGUUUUCAAUUUCUUGGCAAUUAUUCCAUUAGCAGCUAUCUUGGCUAAUGCCACUGAGGAGUUGGCUGAUAAGGCUGGUAACACGGUUGGAGGGCUUCUGAAUGCCACUUUUGGUAACGCUGUGGAACUGAUCGUUUCUAUCAUUGCCUUAAAGAAGGGUCAAGUGAGAAUUGUACAGGCAUCGAUGUUAGGUAGUCUACUAUCUAAUCUACUACUAGUCCUUGGGUUCUGCUUUAUAUUCGGUGGGUACAAUAGAGUCCAGCAAACUUUUAACCAGACUGCGGCACAAACAAUGUCGUCACUACUUGCAAUUGCAUGUGCAUCGUUGUUGAUACCUGCUGCCUUCAGAGCCACUCUGCCACAUGGCAAGGGCGAUCAUUACAUUGAUGGAAAGAUUUUGGAACUUUCCAGGGGUACUUCCAUUGUUAUUCUUAUCGUUUACAUUCUAUUCUUGUAUUUCCAACUAGGCAGUCACCGUGCCCUAUUUGAACAGCAAGAAGAAGAAACUGAUGAAGUUAUGAGCACCAUUUCCCGGCAACCACAUCACUCCUUGAGUGUUAAAUCUUCGUUAGUGAUCCUUCUAGGUACAACUGUCAUCAUUUCAUUCUGUGCAGACUUUUUAGUCGGUACAAUUGACAACGUAGUUGAAUCUACCGGAUUAUCUAAGACGUUUAUUGGUUUGAUUGUCAUCCCUAUUGUGGGUAAUGCUGCUGAACAUGUUACUUCUGUCUUAGUAGCCAUGAAGGACAAGAUGGAUCUAGCACUAGGUGUUGCCAUCGGUUCCUCUUUACAAGUCGCCUUAUUCGUUACACCGUUCAUGGUCCUUGUAGGCUGGAUGAUUGAUGUUCCAAUGACGUUGAAUUUCUCCACUUUUGAAACCACUACGCUAUUUAUCGCUGUUUUCCUAUCCAAUUAUCUAAUUCUCGACGGUGAAUCUAACUGGCUGGAAGGUGUCAUGUCUCUGGCUAUGUACAUCCUGAUUGCAAUGGCUUUCUUCUAUUAUCCGGAUGAGAAAACCCUUGAUUCUAUCGGAAAAAGUUUAUAA